GCGAAGAAGAUCACUCAUAGUUAGAAGAAGAAGAAGAAGAAGAAGAAGGAGGAGGAGGAGGAAGAAAUAAAUAAUAAAUAAAUAAAUAAACAAACGGGAACAACGUUGCUAAAUUGGUAGUACUAAAUAGACAGUACAGCAAAACAUACGUUAUUGGGAUCACAGGGCCAGUAUGUAUAUGCUGUGAGAGAUUGGUAGACCAAGAUGCAACUGCUUCUGUGCACGGGUCAUGGAGAAAGCGAUAAAAUCAACAGGGUGCAAAGGGAACGUGUCCCCAAUAAAUUAUUUAAGAACAAUACAGAACAGCAAAGAGCAAACUAUGCAGAUCUCCAGCAAAGAGGGCAAAGCUGUAGGCUUUGUAUUGGUCCAUGCAGUCCACUGUUCACCAAAGGAGACCCGAGUGCAGAACUGAAUGUGGUAAUUGCAGUCCCAAGGCCAUAGCAGCAACCGUAGUCCCAGCAACCCCAGGGGGGCAGGGUAUCAUUCCGAAUCCAAAGCCAAGGAGUAUAAACAUGUGUGCAAAAGAGCCUGUCAGAAGGCCAUGGAGAGGUUGAGAGAUGGUGCCAUGGCAGUGGAGGCAGUGACUGCAGCUCUUAUAGAGCUAGAGGAUUCACCAUUCACCAAUGCUGGUACAGGCUCCAAUCUAAACCUGGCUGGGGAUAUUGAAUGUGAUGCCAGCAUCAUGGAGGGAAAAUCAUUAGAUUAUGGAGCAGUUGGUGCUUUAAGCGGAAUCAAGAAUCCAGUAUUGGUGGCCAGAACACUACUGAAUGAAGCACAGAAAGGGAAGCUUUCAGCUGGAAGAAUUCCUCCCUGUUUUUUAGCUGGAAGUGGAGCUCAGCAAUGGGCUGUCAGUCAUGGUAUACCUCCAUGUCCUUCAGAGAAGAUGGCCACCAAAUUUAGUUUGUCAGCAUACAAAAGGAAUAAACGAAAGAUGGAGAUGGCAGAGAAGUUGGAACCAGAAGAUAACCCUUUUAAGAGACGACGACAAUCAAGUGGAACUCAGGUGAAUGAAAUGGUGGAUUUAGAGGAGCCUGCCUCCCUGGACACGGUUGGAGCUGUUGUUGUGGAUCAGCAAGGGAAUGUUGCAGCCGCUGUCUCUAGUGGAGGUUUAGCUAUGAAACACCCAGGGCGAGUAGGCCAGGCUGCUCAAUAUGGGUGUGGUUGUUGGGCUGAAAAUGCCCAUGAUGCUAGAACUUAUUCUACAGCCGUGAGUACCUCAGGAUGUGGAGAGCACCUGAUGCGCACCAUGUUAGCUAGAGAGUGUUCCACAGCUAUGCAGGCUGACAACGCUCAUCAGGCUCUCCUGGAGGCUAUGCAAAACAAGUUUAUUGGCUCACCAUUUCUGGCCAGCGAGGAUGGUGUUCUGGGUGGAAUAAUUGUUCUGAGAUGCUGUAGCUGUGGAGAGGACCACAGCUCUGACAAUUUGCCGGCCUUAUUGGUGGAGUUCCUGUGGACUCAUACUACGGAGAGUAUGUGUGUGGGCUACAUGUCUGCAAAUGACAGGAAAGCUAGGGCUCAUAUAUCCAGACUGCCUCCUGGGGCUGUGGCAGGACAGUCACUAGCGAUUGAAGGUGGAGUGUGUCGACUGGGGGGUGUGGGUGACUGAACAGAGAGAUCGCUUUUUCUUUUUUUUUCUUUUUUUUUGUGAAACACAUAGCAAUAUGCAUAUGCUAAAGUCAUUAUUGACAAGUCUGGGGAAUGUGGCAUCAAUUAUGUAACAUAUAAACGGUUUUAAUGGCUGAUGACCUAAAGCUACAUCUUGUUCAUUUUGGUCAUAAAGGAGUAAUUUUAUCAAUAAAGCUUUAGUCUUAGUCUUUAGUCUCUUUUUAAUAAGCUACACCGCUACAAGACGAACAGGCAAUAUUUAUAUAUGUUUGGGGAGCAUGCAAGCGACAUGGAGGUAAACAGGACCUAAUUAUUGAAUAGGCGUUUUGCUAACAUACAGGCUGCUGCUCUUGCUUUGCACAGAUAAAUGUUUUUCAGUUGUAUUACUCGUAUAUAUUAUACAAUCCAUAUAUAUAUAUAUAUAUAUAUAUAUAUAUAUAUAUUUGCUUUGCCCCUUUAUUAAAUAAACUGUUUAAAAUGGAUCAGACAGCAUCUUUACCAAAGCUUGUUCUGACUAUUACAAAAUGCUUUUAUGGUAUCUUUGUAUUGUUAUGAGCAUUGCUAAUUUUAAAAAGAGACUAUGGCUCAUAAAUGCACCUUAUUUGGCCACUAGUCUCUGUACUGGCAUUUCCAUUUGUCUGGGAAUGUUUUUUUUUUUGUUUUUUUUUUUAAAUCACUGCAACAUUAAAUUGUGUUACAUGUUUAUUAUAAAUCAUUCUCAUCACUGUUGCACAAAUUAACUUUUGGAAGCUGAUGUUGAAGUAUAAUUGCAGUAGCAUAAUAUUUUAGUAAAAUUUUUGCUGUGACUGUAAGUUGUCCCAUACAUGUUUAUGGGCAGGGAAAUAUCCUCUUUAGAAAGCAUGACUGAUUGUGCUGAUUGCGCUAGAAAUUAAAAUUGCACUAUUUUUGUAUUAAACCUGGCCUAAUGUCUGCUAUACAUCUUUGUAUGUAUUUUGUGCAGUGACAUUUCAUUUACUUUUUAGAAAUGAUUGCUUAAUGUAAGGAGAGUUAUAAAUUCCAUUCUCAUAAUAUAUCUAAAAGAUCCAAUGGCGUAUAUUAUUAGGAUGUAGCUAUCUAUGAUGAAAUGUUUUCUUUUCAUAUUGCCAAAAUGCAAUUAACAGUGUCUUUGCAAAGCUUUGUGUUCUAUUAUAGUUUGUCCUUAUUGCAUUGAUUUGAAUUUACUUCCCCUUGCUUGUUUAGUUCAGUGAAAUAGUGAAAUAAAUUUCAGCUCACACUUGAAA